AUGGAUGUGGAGACUCUAAAGGAUAGUCAGGCAGUGCACCUGGAGGUUUCUCCAAAAGCCACUCUCCAAGAGGUCCGCUUUGAGGGAUUGACUCUGGAGGAGGAAACAGUGCUGGAGAAGAAACUGGUUCGCAAGAUUGAUCUGCACCUCGUCUGCUCACUAUGUCUCCUCUUCAUCUUCAACAUUCUUGAUCGCUCCAACAUCGCUAAUGCCCGUCUUGGAGGCAUGCAGACCGAUCUGGGUCUCACCGACACCCAAUACCAAACGGCUGUAGCUAUCAUGUUCGUGGGUUACCUGACGGGCCAAGUCCCUAGUAACAUUAUUCUCACGCGCGUGAGACCGUCUCGCUACAUCCCAAUUGCUAUUUUUAUCUGGGGCAGCAUUUCCAUGUGUGCCGCUGCUACCCAAAACUUUGCUGGCAUUAUAGUUGUGCGGGUGCUGCUGGGCUUUGCGGAGUCACCCUUUUUCGCUGGAGCGCUUCUAUUGAUCAGUUCCUGGUAUAAGCCCCAGGAGAUUGCGCCACGAGUGGCCGUGAUGUACUGCGGUAAUACAAUCGCCAAUGGCUUUGGCGGCAUGCUGGCGGCUGGAAUUUUGAGCGGUCUCGAUGGGGCUAGUGGUCUGGCCGGAUGGAGAUGGCUAUUUAUAAUCGAAGGAGCAGGUACUAUCGUCGCUGGCUUUUUGGCAGUCUGGCUGUUGCCCGAUUUUCCUGGAUCCGGAAAGCACUCGUGGCUCUCCGAUCAAGAGCAGCGAUUUGCAGAGUGGCGUCUGGCACAGGGAGCCAACUCGGAGUUCGACGAGAACGGUUCUGUCAAGGAGGGCCUCAUCGAUGCCUUUACCGACCCCAAAGCGUGGGUUUUGGUCGCCAUUCAGAUCUGCCAGCUCACUUCGCAAACAUGGACAUAUUUCUUCCCUUCAAUCGUCAAAACCCUCGGAUUCAACAACAUUGUAACGCUCCUCAUCACCGCCCCAGUCUACGUCUUCGGCUUCAUCACCUCCCUCGGCAACUCCUUCAUCGCCACAUACACAGACAAGCGCGCCAUUCUUAUCGUCUGGCCCCUGAUGGUAGAUAUCAUCGGCAAUGUCCUGGUUAUAUGCACACACAGCACAGCGCCCCGCUACGUGGGUAUGUUCCUCAUGUGCGCCGGUUCGUACUCCGCCUUCAACGUGGUCCAGGCGUGGAUUGCAAGCACUGUGCCUCGCACUCGUACCAAGCGCGCCAUCGUCUACGCCCUAGUCAACCUGUGCGGCAACUCUGCCAAUAUCUACGGUUCGUACUUCUUUCCCAGCAAGGAUGCGCCGCAGUACCGCCUGGGUGGAAUAAUUCUCUCUUCCUUCGCGGCGGGUGGUAUUGUGCUGGCUCUUUCUUUGGGCUUCUGGCUGCGCCAGUUGAAUAUCCAGGCUACUCGGGAGGAAGAGCGGGAUGGCCAACCCCGCUACAAGUAUCUCUGGUAG